CUUCACAGAACUACAAGAUUACACCGUAUAAACGCCUCAUCCAGCACGGUGGCGUGUGCUAUUUGACCAGAUUAAGGUGUACGGCAUGCGUGAUUCAUACGUCUUUGAAAAUGGAACGGCAGACCUGAAAUAAAUCACGAAUGAGUAACACUUCGAAUUUGGCGAAGCACGUAUUUGCCGUCAGGGUGUGCGGUACCUGGUAGCUCUAGUGACAGUAUAAACAUGGCGACUCUCCUAUUGAGAGUGCAGAUUUACCAAGGUGUCAGAGCAGUUUUGCAACAGAAAUGGAUAUGGACCACGAGCCCCAGGAGGUGUUCAUCUCUCGGGAGGGUCAGGGUGGAGAAGAUCCUCAUCGCCAACAGGGGGGAGAUCGCCUGCCGCGUGAUGCGCACAGCUAAGAGGAUGGGGCUGCAGUCUGUGGCCGUGUACAGCGACGCCGACCGACACGCGAUGCACGUGGCCAUGGCAGAUGAAGCUUAUCACAUUGGUCCGGCUGCAUCCCAGCAGAGUUAUUUAUCCAUGGAAAAGGUCAUCGAUGUUGCCAGGAAGUGUGGCGCCCAGGCUAUCCACCCAGGCUAUGGUUUCCUGUCGGAAAACACGGAGUUUGCAGAACUGUGCAAACAAGAAGGCAUCAUUUUCAUUGGGCCUCCAUCUUCAGCCAUACGGGACAUGGGGAUUAAAAGCACUUCAAAACACAUUAUGUCGGCGGCAGGGGUGCCCAUCAUUGAAGGGUACCAUGGCGAGGACCAAUCAGAUGAGAGGCUGCUGUCUGAGGCGGCCAGGAUUGGCUACCCUGUGAUGAUCAAGGCGGUGCGGGGGGGAGGCGGGAAGGGGAUGCGUAUCGCUCGAACAGAAGCUGACUUUCGCGACCAGCUAGAAUCUGCGCGGCGGGAAGCCCGGAAAUCUUUUAACGACGAUGUCAUGCUAGUCGAGAAAUUCGUGGAAAACCCCAGGCACGUGGAAGUUCAGGUGUUCGGGGACCAGCAAGGAGACGCUGUCUACCUGUUCGAGAGGGACUGCAGCGUGCAGAGGAGGCACCAGAAGAUCAUCGAAGAGGCGCCUGGGCCGGGAAUCAGCCCGGAGGUCAGGAGGAAGCUGGGCGAGGCAGCAGUGCGAGCUGCCAAAGCGGUCAGUUACGUGGGCGCAGGGACGGUGGAGUUCAUCAUGGACUCUCAGCACAACUUCUACUUCAUGGAGAUGAACACACGGCUGCAGGUGGAGCACCCGGUGACGGAGAUGAUCACGGGGACUGACCUGGUGGAGUGGCAGCUCAGGGUGGCAGCUGGGGAGGCGCUGCCCUUGAAGCAGGAGGAAAUCGCUCUGAGGGGCCACUCGUUCGAAGCCCGGAUUUAUGCCGAGGACCCGGACAACGACUUCCUCCCGGGGGCCGGGCCUCUGCUGCACCUGUCCACUCCCCGCGCCGACGCGCUCACGCGGAUCGAGACGGGCGUGAGGCAAGGUGAUGAGGUCUCUGUGCACUACGAUCCCAUGAUUGCGAAGUUAGUUGUGUGGGGAGAGGACCGCUCUGCUGCCCUGAAGAAGCUGCGAUACUGUCUGCGUCAGUACAAUGUCAAAAACAUUACAUUUAAACAUGCACUUUUGUUGGGUAACACUUUUGUUGGGUUACAUUUAUUUAAAAUUUCUUAUAUUACGUUAAUAAUUCAGAAGUGCCUGAUUCCUGGGUUUGUGAUUCCUGUUGCAGACCCGCACUCCCCGUUUGCCUCCAGCAGUGGAAAUCGAGUGAACAUUCUGCACACCAGGAACCUGACGCUGCUGCAGGGAGAAAGCAAGGUGGAGAUAGCUGUUACUUACAAUCCCGACCGAACUUACAGCAUGGAGAUCGGCGGACAGGUGUUCCAGGUGUCCGGCGAUGUGAUCAGGGAAGAAGAUGCUUCUUACCUCAGAUGCUCUGUCAAUGGGGUCGUGUCCAGGCCCAAGCUGGUCUUCCUGGGUGACACUGUGCACCUCUUCUCCAUGGAGGGCAGCGCGCAGGUGUCCGCACCCGUGGCGAAGUUCCUGGCGGGGGUUGGCGGGUCGGUAGUACAGGCCGGAGCUGUGGCCCCCAUGACGGGGACGAUCGAAAAGGUUCUUGUUAAAGUGGGGGACAGAGUACGCGUUGGAGAUCCCUUGGUAGUCAUGCUUGCCAUGAAAAUGGAGCACACCAUCAGAGCGCCUAAAGAAGGAGUGAUCAAACGAGUUUUCUUCAAGGAAGGCGCCACAGCCAACAGGCAGGCCGCGCUGGUGGAACUGGAGGAAGACAAGGAGCAGGAAGCAGGCAGUGAAGAAUAGGCUAUGAAAUGCCCUGCGUGUGUGUGUGUGUGUGGGCGAAUGAGUGCAUACAGGUGCACGAGUGUGUGUGUGUGCAGGGAAAACAGGACAAAGUCAAAGCCUGUGGUGGCAAAUACUUGGUGAGACAGUAACUGUAGUAAUACAUGUUGAAAAUGUCAGCUAGCUCUGUACGUCACCUGUCAGGGAAGAAACAAUGAACAUAGAAAAAGUUUUUUGUACCAGUUUCCUUUAAACACCUUGAACAACAUUAAAAAGAACAACUCCU